UUUCUAGAUGACAUUAGAAACUUCCACCGUCAGCUGUCUGAGUAUGACGAUCCAUCACUGAGGAGGAUAUACGAGUAUUACAGAGAUGAUUUGAUCUACAUCCUGGAGAAUGUGAACCCUCAUGCUGUCCUGGCAGAAAUAAAAUCUCAGAAUGUUUUAAACACAGAUAAAUACCUGUCAAUGGAAAAAGACCCAUCUUCCUUCUCUCACACCUUGUUACAAGAUAUUCGGGAUCUGGGAAGAGAAGCUGUGAUUGGACUCUGGGAAUGUCUGUGUGCGCUACAGGAAGAUCAUCCUCAUCCGAAUUUAUUGGCGGUCCUGGAUGAGAUCACACAGAGAGGUGAUCAUCUGGUGGAUCAGAUUCUGCUGGAUGAACUCGGACACUCACUGACUCUGGAGCUGACAGAUAUUCAUAAAGCUCACAAACAUCAACUGAUGGAGAUGACUGAGACUCUAAUGGAGCAUAGACCCCCAGGAACUACCCUGGAACCACAAAGUUUC